GAGAACAUUAUAGAAAGAGAAAAAAUCUGUAUCCUCAGAUCUGUCAUUCGUUUGCCGUGGUUUCCCAUCCGAUUAGUCUUGCUUUCAGUUUUCAUCCUCAUAGAAUUUCUAAAGAUGAACAGUACAGCAAUCACCUUCGUGGAGAAGCCGGUUUCCAAGUCCCCAGUUUCAUCGGAUGCAUCCCCGGGAUGUGAUUAUGAUGUGUUCUUAAGCUUUAGAGGUCCAGACUCUCGCAAGGGCUUCACAAGCCACCUCUACCAGCGACUCCAAGAAGCGAGAGUUCGCGUGUUCAGAGACGAUGACGAGCUUCCUCUAGGAGAGGAGAUUGGCCCGCAGCUUUUCCGGGCCAUCGACAACAGUAAGAUCUCGAUCCCAGUUCUCUCGGAAUGCUAUGCUUCCAGUAAAUGGUGCCUUUCUGAGCUCGCUCGGAUGCUCAAGUGCAAGAAAGAGAUGAAACAAGUGAUCUUGCCCAUAUUCUAUAAAGUAGAGCCCGCAGAUGUGAAAUGGCUCAAAGGAACCUUUGGAGAUGUCUUCAAUUCGUACACGAAGCGGCGUUUCGGGGAUAGCGAUGUCCAGGAAUGGAGACAAGCACUCAAAGAAGUUGGAUCCUUGAAAGGACUGGUAUCCGAAAAUAUUGCUAAUGGGAAUGAGGCAGAGCUCAUAGAAUGGGUUGUUGUAAAGGUUUUGAGCGAGUUAAAGAAUGCUUUUAAGUUAGUGACCCCUAAACACUUGGUGGGAGUGGACAUUCAUGUAAAAAAAAUUAUGACUAUGGUAGAUACUAAAUUUGAAGAUACUCGGAUACUUGGAAUUCAUGGAAUGGGUGGUGCUGGUAAAACAACUCUUGCCAAAAUCAUCUACAACGAACUGUCAAGCCAAUUUGAGCGCCACGGCUUCUUAGCAGAUAUCCGAGAAACGGAAUCGCGUAAGGGAAUUGUGCACUUGCAGAAGGAAUUGAUCUCUGAAGUUCUUAAGGGAAGCCCCCACAAAGUUUCUAACAGAGACCACGGAAUCAAUAUCAUCAGUUCUAGAUUUGGAGGCAAAAGAGUUCUCAUUUUUCUUGACGAUGUGAGUGACAAAGAUCAGUUAGAUGCACUUGUGGGAGGUCAUGAGUUUUUCGGUUUUGGAAGUAGGAUCAUUAUUACAACUAGAGAUAAGGCUAUUCUUAAUCAGUUUGGGACGUCAUACUGGGCAUAUGAGCUCAUGGGAUUGGACAAAGAAAAUGCUAUGGUUCUAUUUUGUAGACAUGCCUUUCAACGUGACUUCCCUCCUCCUGCCUUGAACGAUCUUUGUCGUGAUAUUGUCUCAACUACUGGGCAGCUCCCGUUGGCUCUUGAGGUUAUUGGGUCACUCUUAUGCGACAAACCUGAAAAUGCGUGGAGAGAGGUAUUAAAGAAGUUGAGAAAAGUGCCUUAUAAGGAGGUUGAGGAGAAGCUGAAGAUAAGUUACGAUAUGCUAACCGAUGAUGUGAAGCAAAUAUUUCUCGACAUUGCAUGCUUUUUCAAUGGAACAAAUCCAAGACUUCCAAUUUAUAUGUGGGAUGACUGUGGCUUUUCUCCGAACUUGGGACUAGAAGUGUUGAGUCUCAUGUCCCUGGUUAAAAUUGUCCAAGGCUACAGGGGAAAUAGGUUAUGGAUGCAUGACCAAUUGAGAGAUCUCGGUAGAAGUAUUAUUAGUAAGGAAAACCGUGUGAAGCCAAGUGAAUGCAGUAGAUUAUGGAUUCAUGGGGAAGCUUUUAAAGAACUCGAGAAAAAUGAGGGAACAGAUCAGAUCGAGGCCCUCCAUCUUGAUUAUUCUGAAUCGCUUUCUAAACCAUACUGCUUAACAAAUGAGCAGUUUCGAAAACUGCCGAACUUAAGGUACCUUCGUGCCCACAACGCAGAAGUCACGGGAGAUUUCAAGGACCUUCGUAAAUUAAGAUGGCUUGAUUGGAUGGCCUGCGAAACGUCUUUUUCCCCUGCGAACUUCCCUCCAGAGAACUUGAUUAUUCUUAAUGUAAGAGUUGGCGGUCUCACAGAGCACUGCGACACAUGGCACCAUGUGAAUGGAUUAGAGAAGCUCAAAGUUCUGAGGCUUCUGCACUGCUAUAACUUGAUUGAAACUCCUGACUUCUCAACUCUCCAGAAUCUUGAGAUUUUGAAUCUUGAAUAUUGUGUUAAUCUGGUCAAAAUUCAUCCUUCUAUCAGGAAUAUCAGGAAUCUCAUAUCCUUAAGUUUGACGGAUUGUGAGAAACUCAAGGAGCUACCUAAAGAAAUGGGGUGUCUAACAAACUUGACGGAGCUUCUUAUUGAUGGCAGUUCCAUACAAGAGAUUCCCGUGUCCAUAGGUCGCAUGAGGAAGCUUGAGAUUGUUUCUGCUUGUAAUUGUAGAUCAUUGGUCCAAAUUGACAGCUCCAUAGGAUCCCUCCGGAAAUUGCAUAGCUUGUUGCUGGACAGAUGUCGCUCACUGAGUACACUUCCUGACUCCAUUGGAAAGUUGAAAUCUUUAACCCAACUGUCUCUAUCAGAAUCGGGUGUCAAGGAACUGCCCCAGUCCAUCGGGGAUCUACACAAUUUGAAAGUUUUGCUCAUGGCUCGGAGUUUCUUAAGAAGUUUACCUAGAACCGUGGGAAGGUUGAAACAGCUUGAAGAGUUAGAUGCCUCGGGGUGUAAAUAUCUGCAAGGAGAAAUCCCUAGUGAGGUAGGGGAUUUAUCUUCACUGCGAGUCCUUCGGUUAGAAAAGACACGCAUUUCCGGUCUGCCAAAAACCAUUCACGAGUUAUCAUGUCUCCAAGUGCUUGAUUUAGGGAAAUGUGAAGAGCUACAAUCUCUGCCAGGGCUUCCCUCGAGCCUAACUAGUCUAUAUCUCGUCUGUCAGACAAUCCCAGAUAUUGCCAACCUAAUCAAUCUAACACACUUGUCAAUGAAAGUCGAGGAUUUGAGUGCCUUAACUACGAUGAAGACCCUCUCUCGACUUGCUGAAUUCCAAAUUGAACUUCAUGAUAAAAUUGAAUGGCUCCCAGAUCUUCCCUCAAAUCUAUUGAAACUUGAAGUCAGCCAAGGUCCAAAUUUGGAGAGAUUUCCAGAUUUGUCAAAUUUCAAACGCUUAUCAGAAUUGCAUCUUCGUGGUUGCUCCGAGUUAACAGAAAUCAAAGGGCUUGAAGAACUUGUGUGCCUAACUGCUUUGACAGCAUCAUUUUGUGAAAAGCUAUAUAAGCUGGAGGGCCUUGGACGUUUGGUCUCAUUAAGAUCAAUCAUCAUACGGGGUUGUAAAGCAUUAGAAACAUUACCGGAUCUUUCGAAAUUGAAAUUUUUAAAGAUCUUUGAUGCUGCGGAUUGUGAGAACCUGGUUGGAAUUCAAGGUCUUGAUAGAUGGGAAUACUUGGAAGAACUAGACAUCUCCGUGUGUUAUUCCAUUGAGAGUUUACCAGACUUUUCUAACUUAAAGGGUCUGAAGAUAUUAAUUGCUGGAAGUUGCCUGAAGCUAGUUGAAAUAACAGGCCUUGAUAAUGCUGAACACUUGAAAGAAUUAAAUCUCUCUGACUGUAGUUCUUUGGAAAGAUUACCAGAACUACCAUGCCUCGGAACCUUGAAAAAUCUGUACAUCAAUGGCUGUGAGAAGAUCCGUGAUAUCCAAGCGCUUAGGGAAUUCUCUUCAUGCAAAAUAUUAUACAUUGAAGAAUGCAAGUCGAUUGUAAACCUUCCGGAUCUUUCGGAAUUUGAAGAUUUAGAAUACUUGACAGUGAAGAAAUGUCGGCAACUUGCGGAUGUUCCAGGGCUUGAUGGAGCGAGAUCGUUAAAAUUUAUUAACAUUUCAGGGUGUGAGAUGCUUGAGAACUUACCAGAUUUGUCAGGUUUAGAACUCUUGGAAGAGCUAAAAGUACGACAUUGUGGGAAAAUAACGGAGCUCCAGGGGCUUGGAGGGUUGAGAAGCUUAAGCUUUGUGGAUUUCUCCGGAUGCAACUUGCUGAAACCCCCGGAAUUACCUAGCAGAACACGCCGAGUAUGUUCAUCGUUCAACCCAUUUGACUACGAGAAUCCAGGCCCGAUUGUUUUGGGGUGAUUUGUAACUUACAACUGUCUUUUUGCUUCUGAACCAUGACCUGACCUUUUUCCCCUGUUCAACCCAUCGAUUUGUUCUUGGCCACCACGAAAUACUCCUUUGUCUUUUCCCAUCACGGACAUAGUGAUGUUCUAUCUUCUUUGCCAUGUGAUUUGACUAGCUGUAGUUUUUUGUUCCCUAUAUUUGGCCAGGUAAAGUGACCUGCUGCAGUUUACUCCUUUUCUGCCAUGUCUGUAUGACUUGCAACAAUCAGUUCCAAAGACCAACUCCCAAGUCUGCUUCAUUGAUCAGUAACCAUGCAUCGGCAACUAUUGCAUUGAAUUUUGUUUUUCUACACUUGUCUCUAGGGAUUGCUUUUGUAUUCUAAACUGGCCCUACAUCGAAGUGUUUUUCCGUUGCCAGCAACAACUUGCAUAUUGCUGAUUUUAUGCAUUAUCAUGUAGAACAUUCAUCUAGGGAUGAUGGUGUGACUCGAUUAGCCGACUGUACAUCUUCUAGAUAACCAUCAGUGCACUUUGGAAAAACCCCCUCAUAAUUCAUUCAAGUUAGGAAUGGACAGGAGUGACUCUUUUUGGGAUGCGUGGGAUUGAGUCAUCCUUCGUAUUAUGUGAAAGUGAAUAUCUCUGAAUCUAACCACGGGGGGCUGGUUCUGUGGUCAAGCAUUUUGGAUGAGGCAGAUCCUUAAUCAAUGCAUGACUGAGAGGUUCGCAUACAUACAUGGAUUACUCGAGCCAAAAGAUCUGGGCCCUCCAUGUUACAAAAAAGAAAAAGAAUUCCAUCUAUGGUCAUCACUAAUGAGAUCUAAAGAUAUACCAGCACCAAAUUUACAGUGUUUACUUGGACAAUUCCUCCUGCUGUUGCAACUCUAGAUGUUUGACUUUACUUACCCCGAUAAUUCCAUGUUUUAAGGACGAAAUUGACAUAAAAACAUCCAACAAAAUUGUGUAUAGUCAAUGAUGAGCAUGUGAACUCGAAGACUCUGAAAAAGAAUGUCUUGAGCUGGAAAGAGAGAAGAAACCAAUGAACUAUUAGUACCUCCGCCCCAGACUUUGACUCUUUUCCGCCCAUUGAACAGGCGAAAUGGAGGAUUCCUGUUUUAAAUCCGAAGCAGGGGACUGAAGAUUUAGAAUAGAGAGGAAAGAGUUAGCUUUUUUUUGCAUCGAAUCUUUUCUUAAUCAUCUGGAGGAGGUGAGUGGGUUAGAGAAAAUGGAGGAAUAGACAAUGUGACUUCUUUCUGUCGUGGUGCCUUUUGCAUUGGUCUUGCUUUUUGUGCUCAUGUGUAAGAAAAGAAGACCAAAACCAAACAGUUUUGCUGAGGAACCAAUAACCACUUCAUCAAAUGAUCCGGCUUCUUCGCUUGGAUGCAAUUUCGACGUUUUCUUGAGCUUUAUAGGUCCUGAUUCGCGAAGGGGCUUCACCAGUCACCUGUACCAGAGACUCGUGAUACCAGAGUCCAUCGUCCACAACAAGUUUGAGCAUGUUUUCUGUUGUGUUGGUUUCUGCGAAAUGGUCUUUUAACUUGAUUAGAAUCAGAUUUCAGUUCACUGACAACGUAUACUGUGCAUUUAUUCAUGAAA